GAGCAGAGAGAAAGAGUCUUGAACUGCUGCUUUACGCAAUUUCCGCCUUUAGUUAAUGAGCCACACAGGACGCAGGAGCAUGACUGCAGCGUCUGGACCCACACCACUUGUUUUUUGGCUAUGAAUGGACAACUGCUGAACUCUAAAGCAAUGAUGUUGUGGAUUUUUCUGCUGCAGCUCAUCAACAGCGUUGAAGGUUUAUCAAGAGCUGAAUAUGAGCCUCUCUGCACCUCCAACGCCUGCUUCACGCUACAUAUGGACAAGGUCAACUUUACCAAGGCUCAUCAGAACUGUGAGGACAACGGAGGUUAUUUGAUGACGAUCAGAGACCGAGGAGAAGAGGACGUGCUGCGCUCACUUCUCUCUCAGCUCCAAGGACAACAUCAGGACAAGCAAGUUAACUUUUGGAUUGGUUUAAAACUAAACAAAGGGAGCUGCGUGUUAGGUGACAGGACUCUCAGGGGGUUCACAUGGGUGACCAGGGAGGAGGAGUCCCACUACUCCAACUGGGCAAAAGAACCCGUCUCCACCUGCACAGAAAGGUGUGUGAGGGUUAAUUACAACCCGUUUGGAGAGAAUCAACUGAAAUGGAUGGAUGGUAAAUGCAAAAUCAAUGCUUUUUACGCAUGCAAGUUUUAUUCUAAGGGGAUGUGCUCACCUCUGGCUCUCGUGGGGCCUGGGAAAAUAACCUACACUCCGCCCUUCUCAAAACAGCCCCUGAAAAAUGAGAUGAAAUCAUUUCCUCUGGGAACAUACGCUAAUAUUCUCUGCAGUGACAGACAGCCUCACUACUCUGUGUGUAUGUGGACAGAUCUGUGGACAGAACCUGGCCCAUUCUGCAAAACCGGAGAGCGAAACUGCACAAACAACAACGGAGGAUGUGAAGAUGAGUGCCACGAGGACGGAGGCGGCGUUCGGUGCGUUUGCAGAGACGGUUACGACCUGGACGAGGACGGACUCUCCUGCACAAUCAAAGACUCGUGUGGUGCCGACAGCUGUGAGCAUCAGUGUGUCAUGGGGGAGACGGGAUAUUCCUGUGAAUGUCGAGAGGGCUUCCAACUACAGAAGAACCAGCACAACUGCUCUGACAUUGACGAGUGUCAAACACAAGCCUGCGAGGAUCACGUGUGCGUAAACACGCGCGGCAGUUACACGUGUACAUGUAAAGACGGUUACGAGAUGGUCCACGGUGAAUGCAGCGAUGUGGACGAAUGUGCACAAUCACCAUGUGAGCACAGCUGCUUCAACAGCAUCGGCUCCUUCUCCUGUCAGUGCAGUGAGGGCUUCACGUUGUCCCAGGACGGUCACUCGUGUUCGGACGUGGACGAAUGCGUCAGCGAGCGCUGCCAGUUCACAUGCGUCAACACCGACGGCAGCUUCUCGUGCUCGUGCCCGCCGGGUUUCAACCUGGAGAGUGACGCGUGGACGUGUUCUCCGGAUAUGCCCGAAGCAUCAGAGGAAGCAUCAUCUCCUCACACUCACUCACCACGUCCUCACCUGGUGAACGUCACACACGAGAGCGGUCACGAGGGCAACGCGUCACUGGCACCAAGUUUUGUGAAGACGAUGGAGGGUAAGGUCCUGCUGUGUGUGCUGGGUUCAGUCGUUCCUCUGCUGGCGUUGGUCGCAGUCACUUUGGCUGUUGGAAUAUUUCGAUGCAGUCGUUCGAAAAAAGAAGCCAAGAAAAACCAAACUGCAGACGGCUACUGCUGGGUUUCCUCAGGUCUGGAUCCACGUUUAGAGAAACUAUAUGAGUCUAUCUUGACUGAUGACCUAUGACCUCUUAUAUAUAUAUCUUUGUAACCUGCGUGGGUUAAAGGUCCAGUUAGAAACAUUUAGGAGAAACUGAAUCUACUGCAUUUGUAUAUUUGGAUACGUCUAUAAUGACAUCAUUGUUUCCUUACGCUUGGAAUAAACCAUUUCCUUAGGUAAGGUCCUUGCUUUAUAGAGGCCGCCAUCUUGUGCCAACAUGUUUACAGCAGCCUGAACCACCGAACCAGCAUUUUAAAAAUGGAAUAGUUCUACUGGUUUGUUUGGAGGCAGGAGAAGCAGGACUGAUCACCUGACUGACAGCAGUAUUAACUUUCAAGAGAGUGAACACCUGCGUGACUGACAGGCUGCUCUUCCCUUAUUUAAGCAACAUUAUUACACAUCAACUGUUAAAAACACACGGGUCACGUGUGUGCGUGUGCUGCUGUGUCAGUUGUGGGUCCAUGAUAAGACUGAGUGUGUGCAGAGAAACGAUAACGUUUAAUCUCACGAGCUGAGGAAACCGUCGUUUAGUCAGACUGUGGCUCCUGAGAGGAUAAAGAGUUGUCUGAGGACCCAGACCCCAGACUCCAGACUCCAGGAUUCAGACCCCAGACCCCAGACCCCAGACUCCAGGAUUCAGACUCCACUCGGGCAAACGUUGAAAAGUGACACAUCUGUGACAUCAUGGCCUGUUUGAAGCUGAAGAUGACGAGGAUUAUCCUGAUGUCUGUUGUUUUUUUAUGCUCUGUCAGGCGUGGGCGUGGCCUGUGUCGGCCUAUUUGUGCUGACAGAGAGUGUGUAACUGUGAACCAGGACAGAGUGGAUUUUAAAACAGCUGAGAAAGCAUGCCGUGAUAGGAGCGGAGAACUACUUCCACUUCAUCCUCAGACACAUGUGAGUCUCCUGGGCAAUUUGAGGCAACAACUGUCAGGAAACUUCUGGAUUGGACUGCGUUUACCAGCUGGCACCUGUAGCAACCUUUCAUCCCCUCUGCGAGGCUAUGAGUGGCUCUCUGGUAGCACAAACGGGAGCUUCAUUCCUUCCUCUGUGGCCUGGAAACACAGCGUUAAAGUCUGCUCUCCCAGCUGCGUGUCACUUUCAGAGGACCAGAAGUGGACAGAGAGACUGUGCUCAGACACAACUGAUGGAUAUCUGUGCAGAACAGAGCACUACGAUGCUUGUCUGGCACAAGAAGUAUCCGAUCCACACGUUUUCCUAAGCUCCAAAGGCUGUUUAACGGGCCCCUGUGAGCAUGAAUGCACAGACGUGACAGGAGGUUACAAAUGCUCUUGUUUCCCUGGAUAUAUCCCAGACAGCAGAGACCCCAGGCGGUGCGAGAUGCACUGUGGCAAACACAGAUGCCCCAGAAUAUGUGACGAGCAUGAUGCGUAUGCAUGCCACUGUCCUUAUGGAUACAUAAUGGUUAACACAGGCACAGACUACGAUGACUUCUUCUGUGAGGACAUCGAUGAGUGUGAGGAAGCUUGGGUUUGUGAUCAGAAGUGUAAAAACACGUUGGGAGGUUACGAGUGUUCCUGUAGAGACCGAUUUGUCCUCAAAGACCAUCACAGAUGCAUUCAAUCAGACAACCAGAGUUCCCCAAUCACAAAUGUAGGUUUAGUUCAACCUGCAAACAACAGAAACACUCUGAAGAAGACGUCUGCACCUGCUGGGCAUUUUCUCUGGUUAUGGCUUUUUGUUGCUGUGCCUGUGGUCAUGUUGAUGUGUGUGGUCAGGUUUUGUGAUGUUCAGCAUCAGAAGUCUCGUCUAAAGUUAGAUAAUGGUGAAAUAAAUCUUCUCAUUUAGUUCUCAUGAACUAAAAACAUAUGUUGAUAUUUUGAAUGAGUAAAGAUCAAUAUAUGUAAAUUCUAUUUAACCACAUUUUUGCCGUUCCAGGUGGCGCUGACGAGUCAUUUUCACAUCAGUAACAUUUUUUCUAACUUUCCUAAUCUCUUUGUAUUAAAUACAUGAUUCAUGUCA